AUGUGUACAGCAAGGGUAAAUACCAAUGGCGAUGUAACGUUUGAAAGCAGUCUGAGUCAAUUUGUUGCAAAUUCCUUCCCGAUAAGUGGCUCUCAUAAAAUCAUUGCACCAUUCUGGACCGACAUUGAUAUCAGGAAUGGCGGACAACUGUGGUACCGCUUAACUACACAAGACUUUAUGUUAGAACAAGGAACGAGUGAAAUUCGAAACCUUUUUCCACACAUUCUGAGUUUUGCUGCCUCCUGGAUAAUGGUCGUCACCUGGGAAAAUGUUGCCGUUUUUGGUUGUCGUGAGGUUGGCAUAUCUUGCUCACUGAGGAAUACAUUUCAGCUGGUUUUGAUGACAGAUUGGACCCAUUCGUUUACUCUUUUUAAUUACAACAAAAUAACUUGGACAAAAAAUGCUCAGGUUGGGUUCAAUGCUGGUGAUGGAGUUAACUAUUUUUCCGUUCCGGGAUCAAUGACAGACGCUGUUUUGAAUUUACCACAGAUGUCCAACAUAGACGUUCCGGGAAAAUUUGUAUUUCGAUUGGACCAAAAUACAAUAUCAAAUGCAGACAUUGUUGAUGAAUGUGAGAGCUCACCGUGUAUUCAUGGAAAUUGCUCCAACAAAUAUCUUCUUUAUGAGUGUAAUUGUGAACCUGGAUAUGUGGGGAUUAAUUGUGAAGAUAUCGAUGAUUGCUACAGUUCGCCAUGUGUUCAUGGAAGCUGUAUAGAUGGAAACAACUCCUAUACAUGCCAGUGCAUUGGGGGAUAUGCGGGGACAAAUUGUGAAAGUGAUAUAGAUGAAUGCGAAAGCUCUCCAUGUGUACAUGGAAAUUGUACGGACCAAGUUAAUGGAUACCUUUGUGAGUGCAUAUCUGGUUACACCGGAGUCAGUUGUAAUAUAGAUGUAGACGAGUGUGAAAGCUCUCCUUGUGUACAGGGAAAUUGCACUGAUCAAGUCGAUGGUUACGUUUGUGAGUGCUUUCCUGGUUACAGGGGACCAAACUGUGACACAGAAAUAGACGAUUGUGAAAGUUCUCCCUGUAUACAAGGAAAUUGUACAGACCAAGUCAAUGGUUACAUUUGCGAAUGUAUUCCUGGUUUCAGGGGAGUCAACUGUGAUACAGAUAUUGAUGAAUGUAAUAGUUCACCGUGCAUUUUUGGAAACUGUUCUGAUGGUAUCAACCAAUACACAUGCCACUGUUCUGCAGGGUACGCGGGAACAACUUGCGAAUUUGAUAUAAACGAAUGUGAAAGUUCUCCCUGUGUAUAUGGAAGUUGUAUGGACCAAGUCAAUAGAUAUGUUUGUGAGUGUACACCUGGUUACAUUGGUGUCAGCUGUGAUACAAAUAUAAACGAAUGUGAAAGCUCUCCCUGUAUGCAGGGAAAUUGUACGGACCAAGUUAAUGGAUACGUCUGUGAAUGCUAUCCUGGUUUCACCGGAAUCAACUGUGAUACAAAUAUUGAUGAAUGUGAAAGUUCACCGUGCGUUCAUGGAAACUGUUUUGAUGGUGUUAACCAAUACACAUGUCAAUGCUUUCUGGGAUAUACAGGAGCAAAUUGCAGAACUGAUAUAGACGAAUGUGAAAGUUCUCCCUGUGUACAGGGAAAUUGUACGGACCAAGUUAAUGGAUACCUUUGUGAGUGUAUUCCCGGUUACAUUGGUGUCAACUGUGAUACAGAUAUAGACGAAUGUCAGAGCUCGCCAUGCAUCCACGGAAACUGUGUUAAUGGUAUCAACCAAUACACAUGUGAAUGUUUAACGCUAUACAUUGGAGCAAAUUGUACAACUGUCAACCCCUGGAUUUUUUGGCCUACAGUGUCGGGUUCUCUUUUACUUUUUAUGGUAUUUGUUCCUUUUCUUCUUUUGUGUAGACCAAAAAGCAACAAAGAUAAAGCAGUUCCUUUCAAAGACCUCUCAUUCAGACCUGCUAGAACAGAGUUUAGAAUACCCAGGCCGAUGGUUCACUAUCAAUAUUCGAGUGAACAGAAAUUCUACACUGUAUACUUUUAAAAGGAUUAAAAAUGCUUUUAAUACCAUGAUUCAGCGUUCUAGUAUAUGUCCAGAGAAAAUAAAAUCAUUCGAUUUUGUUAUUAUACAUGCACGUACCUUUGUGAAUGAUACUCUAGAUUGUUAUAUAAACGUACAACUG